CAUGUAACGUCUCCUGACAUAGAGAAGGCGUUGGCUUAAUGAAAACCUACUAACACAAUGACAUAUAUCUACUCUAGUCUCGAGAGGGCUUCGGUAUACCAUGAUGAUACCACCAAAUCUCUCCUUUAUCCUUCAUUCUAAACGCUCCUUCAGAACACACUAUCCACUACCUUAAACAGGUUAUCCAUUUCUUGUAUAUACUUAUUUUCUGUACAUAUCUUUUAUCUUUGACUUAUCAAUAUGCGUUCAACCACUGUAUAUAACUACCUUAGCCUUAUGCUCGGCGCAGCAACGGCUCUUCCUCAUGCUCUUAAAUCCCGGCAGGCCUCGGGAUCUCAGACCGUUGUCUACUGGGGUCAGAAUGGUGGUGGUACGAUCGAGAACAAUGACCUCUCGACUUAUUGUACCGCUGAUGCUGGCAUUGACAUAAUUGUUCUGGCUUUCUUGUAUUCAUGGGGAAGUGGGAGUGACAUCCCUUCUGGCACGGUCGGCCAAUCGUGCUUCAUUAGUAACUCGGGCGAAGGACAGAACUGUGAUAAUUUAUCCUCAGCCAUCAAAACAUGCCAAGGGGCCGGUAUCAAGGUUAUCCUAUCAUUGGGCGGUGCUACUGCCUCCUAUUCUCUAUCUUCGCAAGACCAGGCAGAGUCUAUUGGAGAUUACCUUUGGCAAGCUUACGGAAACUCUGGAAACUCAAGCGUACAACGACCUUUUGGCGACGUUGUCAUUGAUGGUUUCGACUUUGACCUAGAAGUCAACAGGGGAAGCGAAUACUACCAACAUAUGAUAUCUAAACUUCGUACCAACUUCGAGUCCGACUCCUCACACACAUACUACAUCACCGGUGCACCUCAAUGCCCCAUCCCUGAGCCUAACAUGGGUGUGAUCAUUGGCAACUCCACGUUCGAUUACCUAUGGCCACAGUUCUACAACAACAACAAUUACACUUAUCCGUGUGCUCUUCCCGUCAACGGCAAUGCACCCUUUAACUACGACCAAUGGGUAGAGUGGACAGCCGACACCCCUUCAGCCGAUGCCAAGAUAUUCAUCGGGGUCCCGGCCGCUCCGCUAGCUGCUAACGGCGCCCCAACCGGAGAGACAUACUACGCAACGCCUGAACAGCUCGCAGACAUCGUUAACGACUACAAAAACAACUCCAGGUUUGGCGGUGUGAUGAUGUGGAGUGCUGGCUUCUCGGACUCCAAUGUGAACAAUGGCUGCACUUACGCUCAGGAGGUUCACAGUAUCUUGGGAUCUGGCUCUCCUUGUUAAUGACUAUUCUUUUGAACAUUUCUCUGUAUAUAUUCUUAUUUAUGAUGGAAGCUAGUAGCAGAACUUCAUAUAUAUCACGGAAGACCUUUUUGCAAUUGUUGAUGUAUUUUUACAACUAUG